CAGAUUUAAAGCACACAGUAGACCCUGUUUCGAAAUCUAUUCAAAAAUCACUGGGUAUUCUUCAUCAGCUCCAUUGCACCGUUUCCUCUUUCAAUAUAAAUUCCCAGCUCACACUACUGGAGCGAGUUUACUGUUUUCAAAGAUGAUAAAACAUGUUGCCAUUCAUCAUCUGAAGAAAAGAGUACCAGUACCAGGUUCUAAUGUUAUUCAUCAAACAUAUAAAAGCAGAUGCACCAAUGCUGGCCAAAUUUGGAAUGGACCAUUUUAUGAUAUCAGUUAGGAGCUUCAGCAUGUUCCCCAAAAUUCUUUGGUGGGUGAGCUUGAUCAAAUGCAAAAGGCUGCUCAAAACUGUGAUAUUCAAGUGCCUCUUGAGGCUUAUUGAUGACGGAAGAAAUCCUGAUGAAUACACAAAGGAUAUUAUAAAUAAAUGUAUUCAAAGGAAUCAAAUUACCAAGGGAAAAUCAGAAGCUUUUAAGAACUUCCGAAAGCAGCUUUUGGAGGAUUUAGAACAAACUUUUCCCGAGGAAAUCGAAGCUUACCGUGAAUUGCGCUCAGCGUCUGCUGCUGAAUUGAAAAAGCAGUCACAAACACAAGCAAGCUUACCGAACGGUGAUGUGAAGGUGAAGACUGAGCACUAGGCAUCCAGAGCCAGACCAACUUGUGCCUUGCAACAAUAAAACGCUAUAUAACACAACUUGUCAUAAUCUUCAGACAACAUAAUAUAUACCAUGUCUUUCAUUUUUGUUCCAUCCUUGAUCCCUGAUUCCUUUCUUUUGUAAAUAAGAUAUUAACAACUCCAAAAUGUUCAAUUAGCUUGUUGGAAGUUAGUUUUGUAGACAGCUAAGGGCACAAACUCUAGUUUCACAUGGAUUUUGUGCACUCAUUUAUCAUUUUUUUUUUUGGGCAAUUCAUGAUGUUUUCUGGUUCAUGUUCAUAAUGUAAGUUUAAAUUGGGAUUU